AUGGCAAGCAUUGAGAAUGGAUCUCGUAAUCCAUCUGAUAACGUGGCUUUUCGGCGACAUGUGCGAUACUGGGAUAGGGGCGAUAAAGGCUAUAUAACGCCUAUUGAUACCACUGCAGGGUUUAUGGAUCUUGGAUACGGCCCAGUAUUUAGCAUUGUUCUCGGGGCUUUUCUCAGCGCAAGCGUUGCCUAUGCCACCCAAGACUCAUGGAUACCUGAUCCAUUAUGCAGGAUACAGGUGGGGAACCUAGCAAGAUUUUCCAAUCAUAGGGAUAAACAAAGUAUCUAUAACGAACAUGGCGAGUUGGAUGCUGAAAAUUUUGAGCGACUCUACACCAAGUAUGCUCAAUGGGAUCCAUAUGGAAAGCGCAUGACAUUUUCAGAAGCAAUACACAUGGCAAGUGAACAAGGAUCUUUUGGUGUCAGCCCUUUACUUUGGUCACGGGCUAUACUCGAAUGGAUCAUGGUAUAUUGUAUUGCUGGGAAUAACGGAGCCUUUGCAAAGGAUGACAUCCAGGCGAUCUACAAUGGCACGUUGUUCUUUCAUCUACGAAAUGUUCGAUCGAAAAAUGCUCAUAGUCAUUGGAUCGCUGGCAACAAGACCAAGACACUUAGUCAACAACCAUCUUGCGGCGAUAAAGAAAUCAUUCACCCUGCCGACGAACUUGGUGCUACGCCAACAACGUCGUCUCAUAAGCAAGCCCAAAAACCAAUGAUACCAAUUGUUCAAGCACCUGAAACAUAUGGCAAGCUUGAUAGCAAUUUGAUGAUGAGCAUGCUAUCACAGCAGCUUACCGAGGGCGCUGCGCAAACUCCUCUGGUAGGAGAGUUGAACAUCCUCUACUUUGACAACGAUGACGAGAAGGAGAAUGGGAUCGAGUUCGGCACUGGUUAUGACUGCUUUGUCCAUUGUCCUUCAUUUGACAAGUACUCUGAUGAAGGUGGGACAUACAAUGAUGAUCAUCGAGUUAUAUUUACUGGGCUAGUCGAAUCUAACAACAAUGACGAUGCUUCCAACGGAUCGAAUGCGUCGCUAUUUGAAUCAAAUCAUGAUGCGGAAGAUGACCAUCGUACUUUACAUAAUAUGCUAGUUCAAGUUCCAGAGGAUUUACGGCCUAAGCGGCAUAUGGAAUUAGAGCCCGUUGCUCUUCAUGGAUUGCAAAUGCACGACAUUGAUAGCGAUAAGGGGUCUCAUUUUGUACAAACACCUUCCACGAUGCCAUCCAAGAAAGACACAAUCAUCCAUACGUACGUAGGAUCACUCACUGGUGUUCAGCCUGAACAAGACCAUCACGUAACGUUUGAGCAAGACAAAAGGAUGAUGCCAAAAUCCUAUGAUACUUUGAGUAAUGAUGACAAGGAAAACACAUUUGCGCUCCCUUUGUCCGUUGGUCUCAGCAAAAGCGAUAGUGGAUAUACAAGCAUCGUUGAAGAACCUGAUUACGUAAGGUACAAGAGUCCCAUCGAGUUGGAAAAAGUGUCACUUUCUGGAUUACAAUCAAACGGCAAUGACCAAGAAUCAGCUGAUGUCGCUUUUGAUGCUACACAAAGCAAGUUGCCUCUUGUUAAUUUUGAAGAAUGGAUGUCUUCCGACAAAAUGAAAGCACAAGCUGGUCUUCAGGAGCACAUGCUCAAGAAUUGGCUCACCACGGAAUCCCUAACAGGCGUAGAUACUGCUUCUUGUUAUCAGGAUGCUAGUGAAACAAUGCCUGACGAAUACGACCAAGAUAAGGAAAAUCAUGAUAGUCAAUGGAUGCAUGGGUUGGCAUCAUAUGAUGAACCAAGCGUAUGCAAGAAUUUGCUGAAUAUCGACGUACUGCCAGGGGUGAAAUCUGAUAUGCAACUUUAUGAUGAUGCAGUGCCAGAACGGGGAAAAUCUGAGGAACUAGAAUAUUGGCGGCAAGCGUUUCCCCUUGUUGGUGUAAGCAACAAUGAAGACAUCCCCCUCAAAAAUUGGCUCAACACAGGCAACCUUCAUGGUGUGCAACAGGAGGGGACAGCUUUAUAUGAGAGUGAUGCUCAAGGUGAAGUACCUAGUGACUCCUUUGAGCCACUGGAAUUAGAUGUGCAACAUGAACUAGAGAUGCUCUCAGGGAUUCAAAUGGAUGUAACCGAUAAGCCGUCUACCAAGAACAGGCGAGAUGCCGAGAUGCUUUACGGCAUUGAUCCAAUAUCAUCCAAGUCAGCAGGCGACUCAAUCCCUUAUAAUGACGUGCAGCCUAUGUCCAAGGAAGACACUCAAACGCUCAAAAAGCCGUUAUCGAGUAACAUUGACGAUACAUCUUUCACCACCCCACCUCCAAAGGAUAGGCUCAAAUCAUCAACUUUACUUGGUUCGCAGACCUUGCAUGACUCAUAUGCAACCCCCGAAGCAUUUACUCAUGAGCGUUCUAUCGAAGCUACUUUUCAAAACAAGAAUGGCGAUAUGACACCGAAAGAGCCGAUGCACCAGAGACAGCGUGCGGCAACAAUGGAUGCAACUUCAGACUUACCUGAGCUCACAGAUCCUGGCAAACCCCCUUGUGAGGAGAAAAGCAAGGCAUUACCACCACUGCCAACAUCAACAGCUCAUUCGAGCGACGACGAUGAACAAUCAGUAGCCUCUUUUGGAAGCAUUCAACCACCAGCAAUGCCUGUACUACCUAAAAAACAAUCGCCGCACCACGAUAAUAUGGUCAUAGAGCGAGAGCACUGGCCCAUAAUGACUGAUGUUACAGACUGCAAAGAAUAG